AAAAAGGUAGAAGGCAGCUGGGUUAUUGCUUUGCGAGACCGGCUUGUGAGGGGAGCCGCGGGAAAGGCGCGUGUCGGCCGCUCACUGGCGCAGCCGCUGCUGCCGCCGUCACCGCCCCGCCCCGGCGUUGUCGCUGACAUCGUCGCGGACGAAGCGUGGCCCCAGCAUGGGCAGGAAGGGGAACGCGAGCGGCGCGUGUGCCGCGGCUGCGCGGCCGGUGACAGGAGUUUGCUAUAAAAUGGAACUUCUGAUUGUAUUCACUGGACUAUGGCUGUUUUCUUCAGUAAAGGCAGAUUCAAAAGCCAUUACAACCUCUCUUACAACAAAAUGGUUUUCCACUCCAUUGUUGUUAGAAGUCAGUGAGUUUUUAGCGGAAGACAGUCAAGAGAAAUUUUGGAAUUUUGUAGAAGCCAGCCAAAAUAUUGGAUCAUCCGAUCAUCACGGUACUGAUUAUUCCUAUUAUCAUGCAAUAUUGGAAACUGCAUUUCAGUUUCUGUCACCUCUGCAGCAGAAUUUGUUGAAAUUUUGUCUAUCCCUUCAUUCCUACUCGGCUACAAUUCAAGCCUUCCAGCAGAUAGCAGCUGAUGAGCCUCCACCAGAAGGAUGUAAUUCGUUUUUCUCUGUGCAUGGAAAGAAGACUUGUGAUUUUGACACCCUUGAGACUCUUCUCCUCACAGCGUCUGAAAGGCCCAAACCUUUAUUGUUCAAAGGAGAUCACAGAUACCCAUCAUCUAAUCCUGAAAGCCCAGUGGUCAUUUUCUACUCUGAGAUUGGUUAUGAGGAAUUUUAUAAUUUCCACCGCCAACUUAUAUCAAAAAACAAUGCAGGCAAAAUCAAUUAUGUACUCAGACAUUAUAUACUUAAUCCGAGGAAGGAACCUGUUUACCUCUCUGGCUAUGGUGUGGAGUUGGCAAUUAAGAGCACUGAGUACAAGGCCAAGGAUGAUACUCAGGUGAAAGGAACGGAGGUAAAUGCUACAGUGAUUGGUGAGAAUGAUCCUAUUGAUGAAGUUCAGGGAUUCCUCUUUGGAAAAUUAAGAGACCUGCACCCUGACCUGAAGGGACAGUUGAAGGAACUCAGAAAACAUCUUGUGGAGAGCACCAAUGAAAUGGCUCCUUUAAAAGUUUGGCAAUUGCAAGAUCUCAGUUUCCAGACUGCUGCCCGAAUCUUGGCUGCUCCUGUUGAAUUAGCUUUGGUGGUAAUGAAGGAUCUUAGUCAAAAUUUUCCUACCAAAGCCAGAGCAAUAACAAAAACAGCAGUGAGUUCAGAACUUAGAACCGAAGUGGAAGAGAAUCAGAAGUAUUUCAAGGGAACUUUAGGAUUACAACCUGGAGACUCAGCACUGUUCAUCAAUGGACUUCACAUUGAUUUAGAUACACAGGAUAUAUUCAGUCUGUUUGAUGUGUUGAGGAAUGAAGCUCGGGUAAUGGAAGGUCUGCAUAGAUUGGGAAUAGAAGGUCUUUCUCUGCAUAAUGUUUUGAAACUGAACAUCCAGCCCUCUGAAGCUGACUAUGCUGUAGACAUCAGGAGUCCUGCUAUUUCAUGGAUCAACAACCUGGAGGUUGACAGCAGAUAUAAUUCAUGGCCUUCUAGUCUACAAGAAUUGCUUCGACCCACCUUUCCUGGGGUUAUCCGGCAGAUCAGGAAAAACUUGCAUAACAUGGUUUUCAUAGUUGAUCCUGCUCAUGAGACCACAGCAGAGUUGAUUAACACAGCUGAGAUGUUCCUCAGUAAUCAUAUACCACUAAGAAUUGGUUUAAUCUUUGUGGUUAAUGACUCUGAAGAUGUUGAUGGGAUGCAAGAUGCUGGAGUGGCUAUUCUGAGAGCGUAUAAUUAUGUUGCCCAAGAAGUGGACGAUUAUCAUGCCUUCCAAACUCUGAUACAUAUCUAUAACAAAGUAAGGACUGGAGAAAAAGUAAAAGUUGAACAUGUGGUCAGUGUCCUGGAAAAGAAAUAUCCGUAUGUCGAAGUGAAUAGCAUUUUGGGGAUUGACUCUGCUUAUGAUCAGAAUCGGAAGGAAGCGAGAGGCUACUAUGAGCAGACUGGGGUUGGUCCACUGCCUGUUGUUCUGUUCAACGGAAUGCCCUUUGAAAAGGAACAGCUAGAUCCUGAUGAGUUGGAAACCAUCACAAUGCACAAAAUCCUGGAGACCACAACCUUUUUCCAGAGAGCAGUAUACUUGGGUGAAUUGUCCCAUGAUCAGGAUGUGGUAGAGUAUAUCAUGAAUCAGCCAAAUGUUGUUCCACGAAUCAAUUCGAGGAUUUUGACAUCUGAGCGAGAAUACCUGGAUUUAACAGCAACCAAUAACUUUUUUGUGGAUGACUAUGCCAGAUUUACUGUCUUGGAUUCCCAAGGCAAAACUGCUGCUAUAGCCAAUAGUAUGAACUAUCUGACAAAGAAAGGAAUGUCCUCCAAGGAAAUCUAUGAUGAUUCCUUCAUUAGGCCUGUAACUUUUUGGAUUGUUGGAGAUUUUGAUAGCCCUUCUGGAAGACAGUUACUGUAUGAUGCUAUUAAACAUCAGAAAUCCAGUAACAAUGUUAGAAUAAGCAUGAUCAAUAAUCCUAGUGAAGAUAUAAGAUAUAAGAACACUCAGAUCUCCAGAGCCAUCUGGGCAGCUCUCCAAACACAGACGUCCAACUCUGCUAAGAACUUCAUCACAAAAAUGGCCAAGGAGGAGACUGCAGAGGCCUUGGCUGCAGGAGCUGACAUCGGGGGGUUCUCUGUUGGGGGCAUGGAUUUCAGUCUUUUUAAAGAGGUCUUUGAGUCUUCCAAAAUGGAUUUCAUUUUGUCUCAUGCCAUGUACUGCAGGGAUGUUCUGAAGCUGAAGAAGGGACAGAGGGCAGUGAUCAGCAAUGGAAGGAUCAUUGGGCCGCUGGACGACGGUGAACUCUUUAAUCAAGACGAUUUCCACCUCCUAGAAAAUAUCAUCUUAAAAACUUCAGGACAGAAAAUCAAAUCCCAUAUUCAACAGCUUCGGGUAGAAGAAGAUGUGGCAAGUGACUUGGUCAUGAAGGUGGAUGCCCUCCUGUCGGCUCAACCAAAAGGAGAUGCAAGAAUCGAGUACCAGUUUUUUGAAGACAGACAUAGUGCAAUUAAAAUGAGGCCAAAAGAAGGGGAGACGUACUUUGACGUCGUGGCUGUCAUUGACCCUGUCACCAGAGAAGCACAGAGACUUGCCCCGUUGCUUUUGGUUUUAACCCAGCUGAUCAACAUGAAUUUAAGAGUGUUUAUGAACUGCCAGUCAAAACUUUCUGACAUGCCUUUAAAAAGCUUUUACCGUUACGUCUUAGAACCAGAAAUUUCUUUCACUCCAGACAAUAGCUUUGCUAAGGGUCCAAUAGCAAAAUUUUUGGAUAUGCCACAGUCUCCUCUGUUCACCCUGAAUUUGAAUACACCUGAGAGUUGGAUGGUGGAGUCUGUCAGAACACCAUAUGAUCUUGAUAAUAUUUAUUUAGAAGAGGUGGAUAGUAUAGUGGCCGCUGAGUAUGAACUGGAGUACCUCUUACUAGAAGGUCACUGCUAUGACAUUACCACAGGCCAGCCCCCACGAGGACUGCAGUUUACAUUAGGAACUUCGGCCAACCCAGUCAUUGUGGAUACCAUUGUUAUGGCCAAUCUGGGCUACUUUCAGUUAAAGGCCAACCCAGGAGCUUGGAUUCUCAGAUUAAGGAAGGGUCGUUCUGAAGAUAUUUAUAGAAUAUACAGCCAUGAUGGCACAGAUUCUCCUCCCGAUGCUGAUGAAGUUGUUGUCGUCCUCAACAACUUCAAGAGCAAAAUUAUUAAAGUGAAGGUUCAGAAGAAGGCAGACAUGGUGAACGAAGACCUGCUGAGUGACGGAACUAAUGAAAAUGAAUCUGGAUUUUGGGACUCCUUCAAAUGGGGCUUUACAGGAGGACAGAAGACUGAGGAAGUGAAACAGGAUAAAGAUGACAUAAUUAAUAUUUUCUCCGUGGCAUCCGGCCAUCUCUAUGAAAGAUUUCUUCGUAUAAUGAUGCUGUCAGUACUGAAGAAUACCAGGACUCCUGUGAAAUUCUGGUUCUUGAAGAAUUAUCUGUCCCCCACAUUUAAGGAGUUCAUACCUUAUAUGGCAAAUGAGUACAACUUCCAGUAUGAGCUUGUUCAAUACAAAUGGCCCCGGUGGCUUCAUCAGCAGACUGAGAAACAGCGCAUCAUUUGGGGUUACAAGAUCCUCUUCUUGGACGUGCUGUUCCCACUGGUUGUUGACAAAUUCCUGUUUGUGGAUGCUGAUCAGAUUGUCCGAACAGAUCUGAAAGAGUUAAGAGAUUUCAAUUUGGAUGGCGCUCCUUAUGGCUAUACUCCCUUUUGUGAUAGCCGAAAAGAAAUGGAUGGAUACAGGUUCUGGAAAUCAGGGUACUGGGCCAGUCAUUUGGCUGGGCGAAAGUAUCAUAUCAGUGCACUAUAUGUCGUGGAUCUAAAGAAGUUUAGGAAAAUAGCUGCUGGUGACAGACUCAGGGGACAGUACCAAGGUCUGAGUCAGGAUCCUAACAGCCUUUCAAAUCUUGAUCAAGAUUUGCCCAAUAACAUGAUCCAUCAGGUGCCAAUUAAAUCACUCCCUCAAGAAUGGCUUUGGUGUGAAACGUGGUGUGAUGAUGCCUCUAAGAAAAGGGCUAAAACAAUAGAUUUGUGUAAUAAUCCAAUGACCAAAGAGCCCAAGCUGGAAGCAGCUGUUCGAAUUGUCCCAGAGUGGCAGGACUACGACCAAGAGAUCAAGCAGCUACAGACCCGGUUCCAGAGGGAGAAAGAGACAGGAAUGCUGGACAAGAAGACAACACAGGAGCCACGCUGGGAAGGACCUCAGAAACGAGAAGAAUUAUGAUCUUCACAGGAGGACAGGAAAUUGCACCAUUUGAAAAACAUUUUUUGUAUUAAAUGCUAGUUUUUUCUGAUCUGUCUUUACAACUGCUGAUAAACUGGCUGGGCAGGCGUGCCACACCUUUUGAUUCUGAGCAUUUGAUUUUGACUUCUACACGCCAGUGGGCUCUGGAUCUUUGGAGUCAAGGCUCUAUUGGAUUUGUACCUCAGAGGAAGACAAGUGGCUGAUCUUUUGGGACUCUGUAAAGAGCAGUCUUCUAACCAGAAGGGAAAAUGGCAGAGGCAACUGGAAGAAAAUGAGUCCUGUGGUGCCCACACCAAGAGCACACACAUGGUGCAUCACCAUGGGAAGCCGACCCGCCAGAGCCGCCAUGUUCUUCCUUACCUCAGUUUACUGACAGCGGAGCUCAGUCUGCAGCCUGCGCUGUGGUGGCAGAAGCUUUGUCCGAGGUCCACACACCUUGAGGUUUAUGCCAGUGCGUCCUGUGUCCUUGUGUUCUCUUCCCCAGCAGUGGGUUCAUUGUUAAAUGGAAACCCAACCAACAAUCAUGUGUCUUUGAGAUUGGCUCCAGGCAAUUAAUUUGGGGACAGGAUGGGGUGGGUUGGGAUGAGGGUAGGAAACAUAUCAGGAGUAGGAUGACUUUAGGGUAUUUUGGGGGAGGUGAAGAAGACAGAAAUUGGCCAUUCCCUUUUAUAAACCGUCAGUACCACGUGACUAAUUUAAAAUGAAAACAUUAUUCUUAUUCCCCACCCAACCCCAGUAAACUUCUUAGGAAAUUGUUUUGUAAAUAA